AAAAUGUAAAAGCAAUUUGGACUCAUGGAGGUCUUCUUAGCACACAAGAAGCUAUUUGGAAAGGUGUACCAAUAAUCUCAAUGCCUUUCUUUAUGGAUCAAAAGCCUAAUACACAAAUAUUAGUGUCUAAAGGCGUUGGCAUAUAUUUGGACAUCAAAACUUUGUCCACGCAGAUUAUAUUACAUGCAGUUGAAGAAAUAAUUUACAAUGAAAGUUAUGCAAGAAACAUGAAACGAUUAUCUAAUGAAUUCAGAGAUCGGCCAUUGCCGCCGUUAGAUUUAGCUGUUUGGAGCAUUGAAUACACCGCUCGUCAUCCAAAUGGAAGUUUAGUAUCGCCUCUUAGAUCUCAGAGUUGGAUAGAACAGAAUCUAAUUGAUGUGUAUGCGUUUUUAUUUUUUAUUCUUAUCAUAAUAUUAUUAAGUAUAUACUUUAUAAUAAAGAUAAUCAUUAAUUUAUGUUGUAAUCAUACAUCAAAAUUGAGUAAAAAUAAAGAAGCAUAAUAUCAACGUAAA